CAGGGCAAACUUUUAGCCCCAUGGAAACCCAGCAGAGGGAAGUGACGUAUUGCAGCGUCAGCCUCUUCCGCUCUCUUUUCGUUGAGGCUCAGCUAGCGGCCGGCCUGCAAACAUGCAGAUCUUCGUGAAGACGUUGACGGGGAAGACCAUCACCCUCGAGGUUGAGCCCAGCGACACUAUCGAAAAUGUCAAAGCUAAGAUCCAGGACAAGGAAGGAAUUCCCCCUGAUCAGCAGCGUCUGAUCUUCGCUGGCAAACAGCUGGAGGAUGGACGCACCCUGUCCGACUACAACAUCCAGAAAGAGUCCACUCUGCAUCUGGUUCUGCGUCUGCGUGGUGGCAUCAUCGAGCCUUCCCUCAGACAGCUGGCCCAGAAGUACAACUGCGACAAGAUGAUCUGCCGCAAGUGCUAUGCCCGCCUGCACCCACGUGCUGUCAACUGCCGCAAGAAGAAGUGUGGACACACCAACAACCUUCGCCCCAAGAAGAAGCUGAAGUAGACAUUUUGGCUGAAUCGGCUCUUCAUGCCAUUUUGUGUUAAAAUAAAUGUAAGAAAACUCUG